AAUAUCCCUACUGCAGGAUCUUGAGUAUUGAUUAUUUGUAAUAGGCAACCGACAAUCUGUGCCAUCUAUGGGUGGAGUCUAUAUUUCUGACUAUCCAGCGGUUCCUGCAUCUGGCUCUGUUGUGAGCAGCUCCAGCCAACAGCAGAUGGAGGAAGAUAUCGACAUUGGCGCCUUUGGCAAUCUUCAGCCAUAUGCCACUGACUCUGGUUCUGGUGGAAGUCUAGCUGGAGCUCGCCAUGGUCAUGGUAACUAUUGUCCUGAUGAGCCAGCCUCCUUUCUCUACUCUAGUUUAUGCUAACUCCUCUCUCCCUCUCCAAAGCAACCCAGGACGAGAAGACGAAGAGUGAUGAGUACCUACACAAUGACGAGAGUAAGAACUCGGACGGCGAGGUAGCCAUGCACAAAGAAGGCCAGAAUGAGAAGAGUAGCUCUAGUCCUCCCCCUGUUCCCGCUCAUGAACGAUUUCUCCCAGGCUGUUCUGCCGGAGCAUCCAAUGGGGAAGGGGGAAAACAGGUUAUAUCAAACUCGAUGAUGCAGACUUACAUUGCCAUGCGCGGCCCUGGAAUGGGAGGCGACAGGGAUCCCCUAUUCGAUUGGAUCGGAGGCCGACCGUGCCAGCCCAAUAAGGCAUCUACUCAGACCGGUGAUGCCCAGGCAGGAGACAAGAAGAGCGUCUCUCGAAUAAUUAAGAUGAUGAGCAAGGCACUCCGUUCGAGCACCACGGCGAGCACUUCUUCUCGCGACGCCGUCUUCGAGGUCAAGCGCCCGGCCAUCGGCCACAUCCGGGCCCCGGCGGACGCAGACCUGACCCUCCACGCCAUGUCGGCGGCCAGCGGCCGCUGCCACUUCGGAAAGGAGGACGAGGACGACGACGAGGGAGGCCGCCCCAGCGGCCGGAUCUCGCCCUGCACGUUCGCGGCCUGGGCCUGCGGAUGCAAGCGCUGGGCCCACGACGUCGACAUCAAGGACCCCUCGGGGGUAAGUGCCCCGAACUUGAUCCGCCGCAGCCGCGAGCAGGCAGAUGCCCCCGCUCCCGCUCCCGCUCCCGCUCCCGAUAUUAACGCGAAAGACCAGCUCCUCGCGCGCGCGACCCGACUGCGUCCGCCCACGCCCCCCGCCCCGGCCCCGUCCGAGGCCCACUUCCCCAAGUACUACGCCGGCGCGGCGGCGCAGGUCGACGGCUCCACCGGCGAGCAGAUCUCGCCGUGCUACCCGGUCCCUAGCAACCCGUCCAUCAUCUACGACCCGCCGGCCCCCCCCGAGCAGGCCUACCUCUCCGGCAGCUUCCACGACAAGUUCAGCCGCAUGGCCCCCCUCGACGCCCGCACCUUCCGCGAGAAGCACUACGGCAAGCCGAUCCCCGACACCAAGUCCACGACCGACAGCGAAACAUAUGGACGUACCGAAGUCGAGGCCGCGGCUCGCACCUUCGCGCUGCCGACGUCGCUGCUGGGCGGGCCGUCGCGGUCGACGGCGUCGGCGGCGUCGUCGGCCGCGGGCCUGCGCGCGGGGCUGGAGGCGCAGUGGCGCGCGGUGGCCGCGUGCGAGGCGGAGGAGCGCGCGCUGGCGCGGUCGGCGGCGGCGCAGGCGGGGCGCGUGGCGGCGCUGGAGCGCGAGCGGGACGGGCUGCGCGCCGCGCGCCGCGCCGCCCGCCUGCGCGAGCACAUCGCCGUGCACGCGCGCGACGCGCGGCACCGCCUCGACCGCGCCGCCGCCCGCCGCGACGACGCGCGCGAGCGCCUGGCCGCCGCCGAGCGCCGCGAGGACGAGCUCCGCGCCGAGAUCGCGCGCGCGCGUCCGCGCCGUGGCGUCGCCGCCCCCCGCUGGCCCUUCUCCGACGCCGAGACCGAGACCGCCGGCAGCCAGCCGGCGCAGGACGACGACGACGACGACGCCGCGGCCGAGCCCGCGAGCUACGACUACGGCAACGACAACGUGGCGGCCUGCGGCGGCCGCCCGGGCGCGGGCCCGUACGCCGGCGACAGCGGCGCCUCGAGCGCGUCCGCGCGCCCCGGCACGCGCGCCCCGGCGAGCACGCCGGUCCCGGGCGUCUUCGCGCAGCUGUACGACGAGCAGGGCGUGUACGCGCCCAGCCGCGCUUCUCCCCGCGGCAGCGGCGACGCUGGCGGAGACGGCAGCCAGGGCCCGCACGCGGCGUGGCGCGCCGCCGCCGGCGAGGCCGACGGAUACCUCGUCGCCCAGGCCCCGGCGCACUACUAGGGCUACGUGUCGGACUCGGUGCGCUCGGUCGCGGGAUCCUCGCCGCGAAACCUGGACUUCGAGCCGUGAGCGCGGAUUUCGUCUCGGGCCUGCGGGCGCGUAUGCGAGCGCUGGGUAGUUGCCACACUCGGGAAUGUGUUAUCGCACGCUGGAGGUCGAGUUGACGGGAGGCAUGGGUGAGCAUGCAAAAGCAUCUCUGCGGUACUAAAGCUAGAUGGAUCACGGUGUCGUUCUCCCAGGGGUGACGUUCACGGUACUUUUUUCUGAGCCACGGGCACGAGUUAUCCCUAAUCCCAUCGCAAUGAGGACCGCGUAGAGGCGGAUGUCGAGGGGCCUCAGGCUUUGUUGUAUUGUCUCAGGACAGCACGUGCUGGCCUGUUGCUUCAGAUUGCUGUGAAUUGCACACUAGUCCAAAUAGUGAAAAAUGACAUU